AUGUUCAUUGGUGCCCAAGUGGAUGAGAUGAAUUGGUCUUGGGAUGUAGACUUAAUGUCCCACAUGCAAAUGACUAAAUUGGUCAAAAGUUUAGGAUAUAUGAGUAUUAAAUGUUUGCGGUACCAACAUCCCAAGUACUUAUUUACAUGUGAACUUAGACCUCUCAACAAUGACGAUGAUGUAGUAAAGUUUGUUGAAGAUGUCAAAGUGUUCAACGUAAUUGACGUCUUUGUGGAACACUAUAUAGAUAAUUCUAUUAUUAGUGAUGAUUGUCCAAUUCAAGAGCCAGUUGAAGCUGAAAAACUCCAAGGUGAAGGUGAACAAGUUCAAACUAAACCAGUUCAAGCUGAAGUAGUUCAAACUGAACCAGAUCAAUCAGAACCUGAAUCAGUUCAAACUGAACCAGAUCAACCAGAUUCUGAACCAGUUCAAACUGAACCAGAUCAACCAGAUUUUGAACUAGUUCAAACUGAACAAGAUAAACCUGAAUCUGAAGCAGUCCAUGGUGAAAAUUAUCUGAGUGAAGAAGAUGAAGAUUAUAUUGCUAAUUCAGAGGAUGAAGAUGAUGAUAUGGGUGAGUUCUAUGAGGGUGAGGAUUGGGACUGGAUUUCUGAAAUACCAACUGAGAUAUUUGUUAAUGUUGUAAGUGAUGAAAAUUCAUCUGAAAGACAUGCAAACCCAAAAGGAAAUCCAGGGCCUAGUUCUGCAACUGAUUUUGAAGAAAAUUAUGUGAAUUAUGAUGAUUUGGAUACUCCACCAGGAAGUGAAGUUGAUGAAGAGGAUGUUAGGAAAUUUCUUAAAUUUAACCUACCUGAAAAUGGUGAUGAAGUAAGGUUUGAGUUGGGCCUAAAAUUCAAUACAAAAGAGCUAGUUAAGAAUAUCAUUAAAGACUUUGCAAUGGAGACUAAGAAAAACUUGUAUUUCAAAAAGAAUGAUGGAAAGAGAAUCAUUGUUAGGUGUGAGCCAGAAUUUCCAUUUUACAUGAGGAUUACUAAGAGGACUUCAAACGAAUAUUGA